GGGAUAAACUGCCACUAGGCUGAGGAAAAUGGAAUGGCUGAUAGAAGGCCUGCUUGGGACUGAAGGGGACAUGGGGCUUCUUUGGAGCCAGUUGACCCAUGCCCUGGCCUGCAGACACUGUGGCAGCAGCUGCCUCCAGAGUCCAGGGAAUCUGGUAACACUAUUCUUGUUCAUGAUUUGGCAGAUUCGGAGGUGGUGGCAACUUGGGAGCUGGCGACAGCUUCAACUCUGGUACUCUGGGGACAUGAUGCAAAGCAAGAGCCUACCACUUCUGUACCAUGUGGCUUUCCUUGAUCACUUAUGGAAGCAGAAGUCAGAGGAGGAAGAGGAAGAAGAGGAGGAAGAAGAGGAUGUGUCUCUGGAUCCACUGAAGCCAUGUUCUCUUCCCAAAGAAGCUCCCCUUGGAGAAGAAGCCACCACAGCCCCAUCUCAACCACCUUGUGGUCCUGAGGACCUCCAAAAAGCCAUACGGACACCAAAGCAAGUACAUACACGCACCCCAAGCCCUUCCAGAUCCUUCCCCACCUUUCAGAUCCUGACCAACCUGCCUAUGAAGCACAAAACAGCAUCAGGAAACUAUCUACAUCAGAGAAAAAGCCAGUUCUUCUGGGGUCUCCCCUCUCUGCAUAGUGAGUCCUUGGAGGCCAUCUUGCUGAGCUCAGGUGGCCCCUCUCCCCUAAAGUUGUCUGUUGGUCCUUCUGCCUUCUUCAACAAGCUUGCCUUCCUGCCUAGAUCCAACCUUCUGCUUCCCCAGUACUGCUCCCCAACUCAGCCUCCUACCCAUGAAAUCCAUACUACAGAAGAUAGGGAAGGGAUGGCUCUUGAUCCUCAGCAAUUUUCUCCUCCACCUUCCCCUUCUGUCCCAUCGCUACCCUUUCAUCCUAAGUCCUUUCCCAUGGACCACAAGGGAGUCCUGUCUUGUGCUAAGGCACAUACACAGUGGUUUAUGCAGCAGAAAGAAGUCCCUUGGGUCUCUGAGGAUCAAACCCUGCACCUACAACCUGAACUCCAAAGAACCAGAUGCUCCAAGCUCUCCCCCUACUCUGAGGUCUGGUGGGAUGUACCACAGGAUCCCAGACUCCAACAACACAUUCUAGAUUCACUCUCUGCCUCUCUGCUAUAUCAUUCUAGCCUUCUGGGAUUCCUGACAAGGUUUGAGGCCCCAUGGAAGGCUAUGGAGCAAAACAAGGACCCCAAGGCCUCUGCGCCUGCAAAGCCAGCUCCCAGCUCAACCCUGGCCUCCCUUUCAGAACUCCAGGAAGUCAGCCCAAUAGAAGGGCUGCCUGGAUCCCAGGUCCUCUGGGAAACCACAGGACAAAGAGAGCAUCCUCAGAUCUCUGAGCCUUCAAUCCUGGUCCCUUGCCAAUCUGUAGACCCCAUGACAAAGUCUCAAGGAACUAGCCCCCUGGGAGCUCCACCUGGAUAUAAGACUCAGUGGAGAACCACAGUUUGUAAAGAGAAUUCUCAAGCCUUUGUGCCUCCAAUGACGGCUCCCUGCCAACUCCCAGAUGCUCUGUCAGAACUCCAGAAAGUCAUCCCUGAAGGAGGACUUUCUGCACCUAAGGACUUCUGGGAAACCAUGAGUCACAGAGAGAGCCCACAGAUCUCUAGGUCUCCAAUGCCAUCCCCCUACCCUCCCCUAGAUCCCCUGCCAGAACCCCAGGGAGGCAGUUCUCUGGGAGAUUCACCUAGGUAUAAGCUCCAAUGUGGACACAGAGAAAAUUCAGGAAACCCUUGGGCCUUUAAGCCCUCAGCCCUAGACCUCAGCCCAGGGCUCUAUGGAACCAGGCCUGAAUGUGUCCCACCAAGAUCAGAGACUCCAUGGGAAGGUAAGCAGAGUAGAGAUAAUCUAUGGGUCUCUGCAGACCCAGUUUCUUCUCCCAGUCUUCCCUCAUCCUCUCUGCUGGUAUCCCUAGAAAUGAGUUCCCAGGAAGUCUUGUCUGAGUCCAAAACGUUGGGAGGGCAGAGAGAAAACCUCUGGACCUCUGAGUCCCCAGCCCCUGCCUAUAGCCCAUCUCUAGCUUCCAUUCUAGAAUUCCGCAGAAUCAAUCCUAUGGGAGGCCUCACUAGAUCAGAAGCUGCAUGGAAGGACAUUGAACAUUCUAGGCAUUCCUGGAUUUCUGAGCCCCCAUCUCUGGCCCUCAGCCCACCCCCAGUUCUUAUAUUGGAGCCCCUCAUAGCUAGCCCCACAGGGGUCCUGUUUGAUUCUGAGGCUAGAUAUGGGGAUAUAAAAAGGAGAAAGAACUCUUGGACUUCUGAGCUUCCAGUUUGCAGCUUACCCCAAGACCCACAUGGAACCAGAUCUUUGGGAGCCCUGUCUGAGUGUGAACCUAUUGAAGGGAACAAGCAGAAAGAAACCUGUUGUGUUCCUGGGUCCCCACUGUGGGACCCCAGUCCACCUCCAAACUCUAAGUCAAAGUCUCACAUAAGUGAGCCUCCUAGAGACCAAUGUACCUGUAAGCCUAAGGGAAAAGCAGUGGAGCAGAGAGACAACUGCUGGGCCACUGAGCUCCCAGCCUCAACCCCCAGAUCUCUCUCUGCUCCUCUACUAGAUCCACAUAUUGACCUUGAGUUUGUGUGGAGGAAUGUGCAACCAAGAGGGAUCCCCCAGGACUCCAGCCCUCCAGCAAUGGAUCUCCUGCAUCCAAUACCCUGGCCUCCCACCUUAGCUAAAGCUCUGAAGAUUGAGCCCAACCAGUCUGACAUACCCAAGAGAGAGUUGUUCCCAGGGGCAAAGGCAGAGACUCCAUCCUCCCAGAGAGAGGCUGUCCCAGAGGUGCCCUCCACCUCUGGGAUCCAGGCCUGGCACUGGAGUAGAGAGUUGGGACUCAGGCUAAAAAAACUACAGCAGAGCCCCGCUUCCAGAUCCCCUGACCCAAGUCAAUCAUUUGGCAGCUCCCUUGCCCUGAGCUCCACAACUCCAGGCUCCUGGAGACUCUCUACAUGCCCCCCACAGCAGAAUAAUCCCCCUAAUUUGUGCCCCCACUCUUCAAGCUGUCAUCCCCCAAAAGUUCACAGCACAGUAGCUCAGCCUGUCCAGAUCUCCCACUGUUAUCACUCCCACUCUUCUUCCCAGCCUCUGCCACAAAGGUCUGGCAGGGCCGAACAAGGGUCUCAGAAAGAGGAAAGAGUGAAGGUGAAGAUGGUGGCCCAGGUCUCAUCCCAGGGGCCAUGUGCUCGCAUACAGACUGGUGAGAAUGGCCCAGACCUAAGCGAACCCUUAAACCCUGAGGUUCUGGCCUCAGGCAAUGGAAAGAACAAGGCUUCAACCCUAUCUUCAGCCAAAAAGAGAGAGAGACCCAGGAAACCCAAAGCAGGAGACCACAGAAGAGGGGAUGCAAGACUGGUGUCAUCCACAGUUACAGGGAAGAGCCACCCAGCCCAGGCCAGAAGACCAGUGGAAGGUCCUUUAAACAGACUUUCCCAAAGAUCUCAGCAUAAGGACCAGAGUUCUCGACACAUUGCUUUCCCUCAGCAGCUUCACUCUAAGGCUGCAGGUCCCCCAAUUCAGCAAGGGGCAGGGCUGAGAGCUGGUGACAUCCUGACCCCUCAACACUGUAAGCACUGCCAUUGGGUCCACAUGGAAAAGCAUCUCUCUUCCCCCACACCUCGGGUUCCACUUACCAGGAGUCUCCAAAGAAUGUUAGCCAAGUUUCUGGGUACCCGGCCCCUGCCAACUAAAUCCAGUAAGAGGAGGAAAGACUGGUAGUACUGACACCCCAUA